AUGGAUCGCUGCGGGGCCCUUUUCCUCUGCCUGUGCCUCUUGAUGUCUCAGAGCAGAACAGAGGAGGCAUCCCAAGAAAUCUUGCGCUGGAUGGAGAGAAUGGAGAUGGCAGCCAGGAGCCGGAGCCUCACUUCUUUUGCUGAGCUCAUCCACGGCCUAGAGUCAAGGCUACUCAAUGCCAGCUUUGGGGGCCACAACCUCACCUUGAGGACGCACACCAUCCAGACACUAGCCUUCAAGCUGGGCUGCAACUUCACUGGCCUCUCACUGAGAAGUGCUGCUCUGGAGCAGGUCCCCCAUGCCCAGGUCCCGCUCGCCAUGCAGUUCCCAGCUGAGCUGACCCGGGAUGCCUGCAGGGUGCACUCCAGGGAGCUGAGUCUCAUCUGCAUCUGCUUCUCCAACACCCGCUUUUUCCAGAAAGACAUCAAUUCAUCUGUGCUCAAUAAUUACGUUCUGGGGGCCCAGCUGAGCCAUGGACAAGUGAGCAACCUCAGUGAGCCGGUGAACAUCAGCUUCUGGCACAAUCAAAGCCUGGAAGGCUACACGGUGACCUGUGUCUUCUGGAAGGAGGGAGCCAGCAAGCACCACUGGGGGGCCUGGAGCACUGAGGGCUGUCGCACAGAGCAGCCCUCACCUUCCCAGGUGCUCUGCCGCUGCAACCACCUCACCUACUUUGCUGUUCUCAUGCAACUCUCCCCGGCCCCGGUCCCUGCAGAGUUGCUGGCGCCUCUCACAUACAUCUCCCUGGUGGGCUGCAGCAUCUCCAUUGUGGCCGCGCUGCUCACCAUCCUACUGCACCUCCAUGCCAGGAAACAGAGUGAUUCCAUUACACGCAUCCACAUGAACCUGCACGCUUCGGUGCUACUCCUCAAUGUCGCCUUCCUGCUGAGCCCAGUGCUGGCCCUGCCCCCCGUGCCUGGGCCAGCAUGCGUGGCACUGGCUGCCACCCUGCACUACGCGCUGCUCAGCUGCCUCACCUGGAUGGCCAUUGAAGGCUUCAACCUCUACCUCCUACUUGGGCGCGUCUACAACAUCUACAUCCGCCGAUACGUGCUCAAGCUCUGUGCCCUGGGCUGGGGGGGCCCGGGCUUCCUGGUGCUGCUCCUUCUUGCCGUCAAGAGCUCAGUUUACGGACCCCACAGGAUCCCGCUCUCCGACAGCCAGGGGAAUAGCACGGGCUUCCAGAGCACGUCCAUAUGCUGGGUGCGGGACCCCUGGGUGCACGGUGUUCUGGUCAUGGGCUUUGGUGGCCUCACAUCCCUUUUCAACCUGGUGGUGCUGGCCUGGGCGCUACGGGUCCUGCACAGACUGCGGGCGCGGGAGAAGGCGCUGGGCCCCAGAGCCUGCUGGGAUACCGUCACCGUGCUGGGCCUCACCGUGCUGCUGGGCACCACCUGGACCUUGGCCUUCUUCUCCUUUGGUGUCUUCCUGCUGCCCCAGCUCUUCCUCUUCACCACCUUCAAUUCGCUCUACGGUUUCUUCCUCUUCCUGUGGUUCUGCUCCCAGAGGUGCCGCUCAGAGGCAGAGAUGGAGGCAUCCAGCUCCUCCCAGAUGGUGCACUAG